CUGUUUACCUGAGUCCUGGAAAUAACCUAAAAAUUUUGCAAUUUUAAAAAAUAUUAAAGCACUUUGCUUGAUGUGUAAAUUGUUGUUUAUUCCAAAAAAAAAACCAAGUACUUUGCGAUAAUUGUGUAUAAAUUUAAAAAAUGUAUAGUGUUUAGAAAAAAAAACAAGGAAACAUUAAACACUUUGUUUAUAUAGUCAAUGUUGAUAAAAUUCAGAAAAUUUAUUGUUUGUUGAAAAAUAUCUUCUAAAUUGUGAGUAUAAACAAAUUAAACUUUCAAUGCCUUUGGGAACGAAACCAGAGUGUACAAAGUGUGCAACUAAAGAAACAAUACUUUGGCAUGCAACGGAGACGGGGAAUUUUUGUAAUGAUUGUUUAGAGGAACAAAGAAAAUCAACUGUUGAAGUCCCAAAGGAAGAUGAGGAGAAAAAUGGAAAUUCUAAGCCCGCAAGAAAAAGUACGAGGGUCACUCGUUAUUGUAAGACAAAUCCAACAGCACCUCCAUCGAAAAAUGUUGUACCAAAGGGUAAAGGAAGGCGGCAUAUUUUUAAGAAAACGCCGAUGAAAGCUCCAACUGCGACGUCAACGACCGUCACUAGUGAAUUCGUAUUUUAUAAAGGUUCUUAUUUUCAAGUUGGCGAUGUUGUUUCAAUGCAAGACGAGGAUGGGGGGAUUUUUUACGCUCAAAUUCGUGGAUUAUUAACCGAUCAAUAUUGCGAGAAAAGUGCAGCGGUUACGUGGCUUUUGCCAACAGCAUCUAGUCCACCGCCAGAAGAUGGAUUCAUUCCCGAAACUUAUAUCAUUGGUCCAGAGGAAGAUUUACCCCGAAAAUUGGAAUACAUGGAAUUCGUAAUGCACGCACCUUCCGAUUAUUUCCGACUCAAAAACAGUCCAUAUCCCAUUCCAUACACUGGUGCUGGUUCCGGUUACAUUUGGACGUCAAUUCGAAAUGAAAUUGAUUCCAUGAAUGAAUAAAUUUCAUUCAUAUUAAGGAAAAGAAGAAAGAUUCGCUCAAAAUGAACCUGCUAAGAGAUAUUUAAGUUUCACAGUGCAUAAUAUGUAAAUAAGACAUUUUUUUGUUCACGUUACUAACAGAAAAAAAUUGUAUCUUUAGUAAAACAAGUAUAGAAAAUCGAAAAAUAUUCAAUAUUAGUAUAGAAAAAAAGAUGUUUAAGACUAAAAAAUUUCUAAAUGUAGUGAUAGAAGAAAAUUAUUUAUUUUCGUAGAAAUUUGCUAAAUUUUUCUAUUUUCUUCGUCGACACAGUGAUAAACAAAGGAUUAAGAUAAAAGAAAAAAAAUUCCUUAAAAUUGGAAAUUAAUUUCGUUUAUUGAAAGUAAGAAUCAUUAUUAAAUGUAAAAUAAUCGAUAACAUGUAUAAUAAAUUUAACUUAAUUAUUUAAUAAUAGUUGUGUUGUUCGCUUACAUAUUUAUCUUAUACAUUAAUGGCUUCAAAUGUAACAAUAAGUAAACAUUUUUUUUACUGUACAUUUAAAAAUUGCAGUACUUGAUUUUCGGUUGUUUUCGCGAAUUUAUACAAAAUACGAAUUAUUCACUAGAGAAAUUAAUAUCGAUUUCGCAUAAUGAAUAAACAAAAAACAUUUAAAAAUUGCAGUACUUGAUUCUCGGUUGUUUUCGCGAAUAUACAAAAUACGAAUUACUAGAAAUUGUUAAUAUCGAUAAAUUGAUUUCGCGAAUAUACAAAAUGCGGAAUUAUUCACUAGAUUAGAAACUAUUUAUAAAUUAGAAAUUAAUAAAUUUUUAAUUAAAAAAAAAA